ACCCCCCAUUUCACUCUGUCCAUACCGGCAUGCACGGUUGAAGCGGUGGACUUUGGUCGAGGGCAAUGCAUUAAGAGUUAGACAAUAGCUGCAAAUUACUUUUAACUUUAAACAGCUGGGAGAAAAAAUUUAACAGACAGCGCAAUGGCUGGACUCAAGUACAUGAGUGGUUUUGGCAAUGAGUUCUCCUCUGAAGACCCUCGCUGUCCCGGAUCAUUACCUGAGGGACAGAACAAUCCUCAAGUCUGUCCCUAUGGCCUCUAUGCUGAGCAGCUCUCUGGCUCUGCUUUCACCUGCCCACGACCAGCUAAUAAGAGGAGCUGGCUCUACCGCAUCCUCCCAUCCGUCAAACAUAAGCCAUUUACGGCAGUGCCAUGUGGGAAUCUAACAGAGAACUGGAAUGAAGUGGAGCCCGAUCCUAACCAGCUGCGAUGGCUGCCAUUUACCAUUCCCAAAUCUACAGAGAAGAAAGUGGACUUUGUAGCUGGUCUGCAUACUGUCUGUGGUGCAGGGGAUGCCAAAUCUCGCAAUGGCAUUGGCAUCCAUAUGUACACCUGCAACACUUCCAUGGUUGACAGGUGCUUCAACAACUCAGAUGGAGACUUUCUGAUCGUCCCCCAGCAGGGUGAGAUCUUGAUCACUACAGAGUUUGGGAAGAUGAUGGUGGAGCCGAACGAGAUCUGUGUCAUCCAGCAAGGGAUGCGUUUCAGUGUGGAUGUGUUUGGAGAAACCAGAGGUUAUAUCCUGGAGGUGUAUGGAGCCCACUUUGAGCUCCCUGACCUGGGACCCAUAGGAGCCAAUGGUCUGGCCAACCCAAGAGAUUUCUUGUGUCCAGUUGCUUGGUACGAGGAUCGCAACGUGUCCACAGGUUACACCAUCAUCAACAAGUACCAAGGGAAGCUCUUCGCCUGCCAACAGGAUUUUUCUCCGUUCAAUGUGGUUGCCUGGCACGGGAACUACACACCUUACAAAUACAACCUGAAGAACUUCAUGGUUAUCAACUGUGUGGCAUUCGACCAUGCGGAUCCAUCUAUCUUCACUGUGCUGACGGCCAAAUCCACACGACCCGGUGUGGCUAUUGCUGAUUUUGUCAUCUUCCCCCCACGGUGGGGUGUGGCUGAUCACACCUUCCGCCCACCGUACUAUCACCGUAACUGCAUGAGUGAGUUCAUGGGUCUGAUCAAAGGCCACUACGAAGCCAAAGAGGAGGGUUUCCAGCCGGGAGGGGCCAGCCUCCACAGCAUAAUGACCCCACAUGGUCCGGACGUUGACUGCUUUGAGAAGAACAGCACUGCUGAGCUGAAACCUGAGAGGGUGGCUGAGGGCACCAUGGCUUUUAUGUUUGAGUCAUCCUUCAGUAUGGCAGUGACCAAGUGGGGUCUACAGACAUGUCAGAGGCUUGACAAGAGCUACUACCAGUGCUGGGAACCUCUCCGCAGCCACUUUAACCCAAACUGGAAGCCCAGCAAAAAGUAAACAGACAAAGUGACUUGUAAAAAAUUUUAACCAAGUACAGUUGUCAUAUGAAGAUAAAAGUCCUAAUUUCACUUUCUUCAAUGUAACUACUAGCAAUCCAAUUUUAGUGCAACUUGGCUUUCUUUGUAUUUUUUGAUUAGGUGUGUUGACUGAAAAUACAGAAGGAAUGAAGUAUGCCAUGAAAUUUAGGUGUUUAUUUCAUACAGACAACUAUGAUUGGAGUCACACAAUAAAAAAAAAACUUGCUGUUUGUCAUGUUAGAAAUAAAAAUCACAGCUAGGCUGCAUAAAUUGUUUCUGUACAUGUAACUGCACAGGUCAGUCAUGCCUUACAUGCCUCCUUUACUUUUAACAGUUUGUAGAUUACAGACAUCAGCACACCUUUGUUUACUGGAAAAAUGAAUUUUAAAGUGAGGCUGUGUAAUUUUUUAAAGAAGACAUAACACAUUCUUCUUACAAAUAAAAAGGCAAAGUCAUGAGAAAUAAAAGCCAACUCCUUUCAGUUCAA